GGCCAUGCGCAGGCGCAGCCCGGGUGACGAAGAUGGUGCUCAUCAAAGAAUACCGUGUAGUGUUGCCAGUCUCUGUGGAAGAGUAUCAAGUAGGGCAGCUGUUCUCUGUGGCUGAGGCCAGCAAGAAUGAGACAGGAGGAGGAGAAGGCAUCGAGGUGCUGAAGAACGAACCUUAUGAGAAGGAUGGGGAGAAGGGACAAUACACACAUAAAAUAUACCAUCUAAAGAGUAAAGUCCCAGGUUAUGUGAAGAUGAUUGCACCAGAGGGAGCAUUAGUUUUUCACGAAAAGGCCUGGAACGCCUACCCGUACUGUCGCACAAUUGUGACGAACGAGUACAUGAAGGACGACUUCAUGAUAAAGAUCGAGACGUGGCACAAACCUGACAUGGGAACAAUAGAAAAUGUCCAUGACCUGGACGAGCCAACAUGGAGGACGGUGGAGGUGUCUCCAAUAGAUAUUACCAGCAAAGAAGAAGUGGCCCCAGGGGACUAUAAGCCAGAAGAAGAUCCUACCCUUUUCCACUCCGCCAAGACGGGCAGAGGACCCCUCGGCCCUGAAUGGAAGAAUGAGCUGAAGACAGAUUGUCCUUACAUGUGUGCGUACAAACUGGUCACUGUCAAGUUCAAAUGGUGGGGUCUUCAGACCAAAGUGGAAAACUUCAUCCACAGGCAAGAAAAGCGUAUUUUCACCAACUUCCACCGCCAACUGUUCUGCUGGAUUGACAGGUGGGUGGGUUUGACCAUGGAGGACAUCAGGCGGAUGGAGGAAGAGACCCAAAAAGAGCUUGAGGAGAUGCGUCAGAAGGGAGAUGUGCGAGGCACCUCUGCAACAGACGAGUAGAGGCCCGCUGCUGUAGGUCAAACACUAGAGGCAGGCUGACUGCGUAAAACAGGUCCGAUUCGAGGCACCAGUGCUGCUCAUGACGAAUGAGGCAAAUCAACCAAACCCUGUCAUGAUGAUGUCAUCAGAGACACGUCCACCACGAUGAGGAAGUGGCCCUGACGUCGCCUCUUUUUUUCCUGUCUCACAUGAUUCAUUGGGGGGUUUGAAAAGAUUGGUUAACAGUACUGUACAGAUUCUACCCCAAUCACAAGCCUCCUGUUCACAACAGAAAACAUGGUUUUGCAUACAUAUAAAAAGAAAAAAAAAACUCUUUGCACAGAACGUAAAUUGCCUGAUAUGUAAUUGUUAGUUGAUUAUUACAAUGGGCUUUGUUUUUAUUCAGGUGUGUACACCGUGACUCAGAAAGUCAAGCCUUUUAAAUAAUUUAGAAUGUUGUUUUUAGGUAUACAGGUUCCCACAAAAAUUGGUAUAAGAUGACUUUAGCAGGUAUUGGACCAUUUAUCCCCGACCUACCCUUGUAUUAUAAUUGUCUGUCUCUACUUUAAUCCUCGUCUCUCCCCUCAGUAUCGUCUAUAUGCUUGUCCUGGUUAAAUUUGUCUAGAUCUCCUCCCCUCCAUGUCUUACUGAACCCUCUAUCUGGCAGUAGUUGGGAAUUCUGAUGUUUUUCUUUGUUUUUUAGUUUUAAUUUCAAGGCGUUUAUGGUUCAAAGCAAAUUUCAUGCAUGAUGGAUAAUUCUCUGCUAUUGUUUUCCCCACACAUGCACACAUUUCGAAAUGCACACCAGCCCUCCUCCUCCUCCUCCUCAGUCACAAGUGCAUGUGUACAACAGCAACUCCUCGCUACACUGUCAUUGCAUGUGUUUAGUCGCUGCAAUGCAGCUGCGCUCAAGUGGAUUGUUUGUGUUGAUUAGAGAGAGAGUCUGUACAAUACACCUGCGUGUUAGUGUGUGCAUCUGUGUGCUUGUAAGUGUUAUCAGCUGCCUUCGCUCUUAAAGGACUGUCACUCUUGAGAUGAAUAACGUUCAGAUUAAUAUCCAGGCUUCUGCGUGUUCUCGGCUCACAGCUGAGCUCUCACUCCUCCACCAGCCUGUUGAACCUGCCUCAUGCUAUCGCUGCAUGUCCUUGCUCCUUAGCUAGGGCUUUAACUGGACGGCACCCAAAAGCCUCCGCUAAAACUAAAACAAAUGAGGAUGAGAGUUUGUGACUGUGUGCACGAAUCAAAGUAUUUUUUUUUAUAUAUAUAUCGUUCUCAAACUACAGUUUCCUCUCUCCCCUAACAGAGCAAAUCAGGCAGAUUGUUUUUGUUUGUUGUGGAUUGAUGAGCAUUUUGCUUGUAUAGAUUUUAUUUUCACAAGUUUGAAAAUACUCCAAAAGGUUUGAGGUCAGUCGGAUCUUUUCCCAUCGGUUAAGGAGGAAAUUGCCUCGGAAAAGGUUAAAAACACUUUACUCUUACAGUUUAGAUCAGUGUAGGGUUAUAGUACGAGCCACGAUCAUUAUACUGUGCUCUUUCCUGCAUCACUACGGUUUGGAUUGAUUCAAUCACAGCAAGAGCUCACUUUUGCAGUCUUUAACUUGAGAGUAAUGCAGAUCCUGUUUGGGCUCUAGGUAAAAUAUUUGUGAUGUUUUUGAUCAUGAUGUAGCUUAGUGCAGAUAUACAGCUGUGAUUGAGACUUUGUUUAUUCGAUCAGGUAUGAGUGUCUAGCCUAUCUGUGCGUUGUGUUUGUUGGACAGGUUAACAGAGAGUUAUAAGUGUACUUUAUAAUAGGCCCAUUAUAGAAAUGGACAAACUGUACAUACAUACACAGACUUGAGUGGAUUAUUCACAGCUUCUCAGCGGUGUCAGGUCUAUCAUUCAAUACUGCUAACUUAAAGUAAGUUAUGAUGUUGUCAGAGCAGGUAAUGUCAGCUCUGUGGACAGUGUGCAGUGUGUGUAAAGCAAACAGUCUGCGUGUUGUUGCUCACACCAUGAUUUAACCGUACCUCAUCCAUGCUUGUGAAUGUACAGCUAGGAGACAGAAGUGUCAAUGUGCAGGAUGUUUCUAAACUGCAGGAAAACUGACUUGUUUCACAGCUGUACAAGCAUGACAUGGAGCCAUUAUAUCAUCAAAAGACAAGGAGAGAUUUAAAACAACUUCAGAAUUGGAUCUGCAUGCUCAACACUUUCUUUUCAUUUUUUAUUCUUUACGUUUUCCUUUCUUUUGUCUCUGUUGUUCUCUGUGUUUGAUCAGGACAUCAGUGCUUUUGAGAAGCUCUUGAACUGCAUUAGACAAGAAGGAAAAUCUUUUAAAAGGGUGGCUCUCCUCAGAAUCAAACUGGAUUUGGCUGGACCUCGGUUUACAAACGAGGAGUGAAAAGCCUCACCGAGUUUGAUGAUGACGGGAGGCGCCUGGUAGACUAGAAUAGGCUGAGUGAUGUACAGUUUUGUAGCAUUACCAGUGAUGCCAGCCAGGGUAUGACUGAGGGGAGGGAUAGAAGCUUAGGGAAAAAAUGGAGUCCAAAAUACAGUUUUCUCUAUUGUAAUCAUGAAUAAGCACUUGCAAAAUCUACUGUUUUUUUUUUUUUUUUUUUUUUUUGUUAUGUUUUU